UAAAAUCCACCUUUUCAAAAACAAAAAUAUACGUGUAUGAUUCUAAAAAAAAAUCCAUUUCAUUGUGACCGGUUUCUCAAACCACCACCGCCCUUGCACGCCGUCGCCGUCGCCGUUUUCCGCCCAUCUUCAUCAUUCCGUUUUUCGAUUUCGCGUUCUUUACUCUCGCUCCAAAGUGAAUAGUGAUUCUGCAAAGUGGAAAUGAUAAAACGAACACUAUUUCCCUUCUUUGGCAAAACCAACUUCUCUCUCCCCUUCUCUACAACCUCCAAACUCAACAUCUUCGAUCGCGAACUCAAACGCAACCAGCGUGACCGUGCCGCAUGGUUGAUGCCUCAAAACGAUCCUUUACUUCACACCGUUGCUGAUAAUCUAUUAGAUCGCUUGCAGGAUUGUAAGAAGAUUUUUCCCUCUGCUUUAUGUUUGGGAGGUUCGUUGCAAGCAAUCACACGCUCUCUUCGCGGCCGAGAUUCCAUAGAAAAGCUUAUUGUCAUGGAUGCAUCCUAUGACAUGGUACAACGUUGUAAAAAUGAUUACCACGAGUCAAUCAACAAUAACAUGGAGACAAUGUUUUUGGUUGGCGACGAAGAAUUCUUGCCUAUCAAAGAAAGCUCAGUGGAUUUGGUUAUCAGUUGCUUGGGCCUUCACUGGACUAAUGAUCUUCCAGGAGCAAUGAUACAAUCUAUGUUGGCAUUGAAGCCAGAUGGCUUGUUUUUAGCAGCUAUCCUCGGAGGAGAAACAUUAAGGGAACUCAGAAUAGCUUGUACUGUAGCACAAAUGGAACGUGAAGGAGGGAUCAGUCCCCGAGUUUCACCUUUAGCACAGGUUCGAGAUGCUGGGAAUCUUUUGACUAGGGCAGGAUUCAACCUACCAGGUGUUGAUGUUGAUGAGUAUACAGUUAAAUAUGGAAGUGCUCUGGAGCUUAUAGAACAUCUUCGUGCAAUGGGUGAAACAAAUGCACUUUCCCAAAUGAACUUGAUGCUGAAGAGGGAUACAGCCUUAGCAACUGCAGCUAUUUAUGAUUCAAUGUUUGCUUCAGAAGAUGGCACUGUACCCGCAACCUUCCAGGUUAUAUACAUGACGGGUUGGAAGGAACAUCCUUCUCAACAAAAAGCAAAACGAAGAGGAUCAGCUACUGUUUCUUUUAAGGAUAUUCAGACACAAUUUGGAAACCAGAGUUGAUUUCUACCUUUCACUUGAUUUUCAUUAGUGCAAUUUAUUUUAAUUUAUGUAACAACACCAUUAAAUCCUUGAGUACAUUUUUUUUAGAAUCGGUUAUAUAUCACAUGUUGGAUCACUCCAUUAAAUAAGCAUUAUGAUGAUGAGUGUAUUUAUAGAAGUCUUAAUUCUUUGGUGUUUAUUUGUUGUACAAGACUAACAAAACCAGAAGUGACUGAUUAUGUCAAAUCACCUUUUUUUUUCUUUGUAA